AAAUGAUUGCACACAACUGUAUUUUUUGGUCAUUUUAUUUCAUACAAACAGUCAACUUCAUGAUGAUUGAAUCCACAAGCAAAGUUUCGCCGUCAUAUUACGUCAAUCAUACAUUCCCUCUUUCAUACGUUAAUGUAGUGAAUAACUUGAUAACCUACAAUGAACGGGAAAUCAAAAUUAGUGAAAAAGAAAUUACAAUUUUAACAACUCCUGUUCAGACUUACAGCGACACCAAAGGCCGCAAAACGGUAUUUGAUAAAUUUGACAAGAAAAUCGAAGACAUUAAGUGUACUUGCACACUAAUCGUGAAAACGAAACUGGCGUACUUGUCGAAUAUUCUGGAAGGCUUGCAAAGUGGCGGAUCUAUAGAAGUUGCAAAAGAUAAAUUAACCAUGUUAAAAGAAGAAGCAGGUCUUAUGGUCUUGAUGUUUCAAUUAAGCCAAGCAAAAGCGGGUAAAUGGUUUUGGAGUUAUUAUUUAAAAAUCAUGGCGAUCAUUGAAUACGAGAGCAACAGAAAUUUCUUUGGGGAUCCUCUUUUCGCAGAAGAUGAAUUACAAAGCGGUAUUUCACAUUUUUUAGAAUACUGCAAAGAUAACAAAUAUCUUCCCAAAAAUAAACCAGAGUGUGAUUUGGUUUCAAAAGUUCCCAAUGUACCAAAUAACAUCUUUCAAGAACUUCGCUCGUCAUCAAUUAUCGCUGUAGAAUAUGUUUACAUCAUGCAAUACAUAUCGAUUGAAUAUUUGUAUCUAAAACCGUUGUGGGAUGAUCACGAGUUAUUGUUUGGGGAAAUAACAGGCUCAACCGUAGAAUGGAGGCCAACGAUAAGACGGCACGCAGUCGAAGUGGAUAAAACCAAGAAAUACGUUGAAAACCGCCAAUGGAUACCAAAACCGUUCGGACACCUUAGUUACCACAAGUUGAUUAAACAAAUUAUCAGACAGGAAAUCUUGUUCGGUCUUUUGAGCCUCUAA